AUGAGGUCAAUUGCGCACCUACUAUCAUGCGUGCUCGUGUGCUUCCUCGUGUUGGGAGGCGCGCCGAAGGCGAGCGCGCAGAUCCCUGAAAUCAACAUCACGGCCAUCACGGAUUUUCUCAACGAGUUCUUCGCGGCCCUCCAAAAGGACAAGCAGAGCUCCUUCCCCGGCACCAAGCUGUACGUGCUCAAGGGAAAGGCGGAGAACACGGGCGACUACAAUGACGUGGACGAUGAUGAUGAUGAUGACAGCGACAAGGAAGGCAAGCUCGAGAUUACCAAGUACUCGUAA